CUCAUUAAUCCGGAAGAUGGAAUCGAUACAAAUUUUGUCGGUACUUUUACUUAUUUAUGAAGUUGUGGCCUCCUGUACAGAACCUCGCCAUGAUCAACAAUAUUUUUGCAGGGCACAAAAUGCAUUUACAGCCUAUGUUGAUGAUGUUACGGGUCCACCCGGUGAUCCGUUCGAUAGGACGUAUGCAGUUACUGUGAGAAGAGUAUAUAAAGGAACCAACGUUUCACCAAAUACAACAACCACCUUGUAUGGAAGGUCAACUUCAUGCGGUCCAACAAUUCUGGACUUGAAAAAAUAUUAUAAAAUUUAUGCAAGGACGAAUGGUCCUCGAUUGGAAAUCAUUAGCCAUGAGGAAAUUCCCCCAGCUUUCGAAGGCCGAAUAAAGAUGUACGACUGCUCUUGUCAGAUUGAAAUUCAUGCAACCAGAAGUUCGAACUCUAUAAGCUAUGAAGAUGACACGAAUAAGUGUAUUGUGACAACAAGUGGUAGAGAUUGUCAAUUUAGAAAUGGAUAUUGCAAAAAGACAAAUAACCUUUGCACUUGGAAACUGUUUCCACGUGCUCAACGAACAAUGAAUUGUAUUCGACAUUGAUAGAAAAAUAUUGUUAUAGUUACUGUAUAUAAUACUCAUUACAUAUGUUGUGUUUCAUUUAAUUAUUUGAGAUAUUUCUAUUAAAUUGUUUGUUUUGGUGUUACUUUAUAUCAGUUAAUA